UUUCCAUUUAAACCAUCUUACCCAUUUUUACGUGGUUAAUUUUUAACAUACACACACACACACACACAUACACACAUAUUAGAAUGUUCAUUAAAUCAAACAAAAAAAAAUUAAAAAUAAAUUAACAUCAAUGAUGUGAUAACAAAAAUUAACUAAGAAGAAACUUCAGAAGACAAAAAUUGUUCAAAUAUUAAUAAUGGCGGUAACAACGAGUUGCGAAGAAACCAACAUGGUUGUACCAUUUCACAAAGGUUUAUCCGAAUGGUGGAGUGAAGAAACGGAAUAUGUUUUUCAAAGAAUCGAAAGAUGGGCAGCUUUUGCAAGAGGAUACAAUCGAUUAAGAUCCGAAAGAUUAUCAAAGGGUCGUUUAACGAUGAAUGAGGAACAUAAUUCAAGAUGGAGUAUAUCAUCGAAUAAAUUAAUCAUCGAAGAAGAAACAUCAUGGAAUCCAUCGUUUCAUAAACUUAAAAGAAGUCGUCGUAGAUCACGUCAAGAAGAGGAAAUGAAAAUCAAUCAUUUUCGUGACAGUGUUUUUGGUUAUCGUUCUAAUGAUAAUUUGGAUAGCACUUGUUUAGAAACUUAUAGAUACGAUCAUAGUAUUUAUUUCAAAACUAUCGGUGAAAUUAGAAAUAAUAAGAAAAAUUCAACAACAAUUAAUAACAAUGAUGAUAAUAAUGACGAUGAUUCGAAAGAAAAUGUGUCUUUAGAUUGUGAAGAUGAAGACAUUGAAAUUGAAGUUGAUCAUGAAGUUGAAGAAACUGAUGAAGUUGUUGAUAUUGAAGAUGAAAUUGAAGAAAUUGAUGAUGAAGUUGAAGAUAUUGAAGAUGAAGUUGAUCAAACAACAUUUGUUUACGAUUCAAUUGAUGAACAAUUUUAUCUUGAAAAUGAUCACACGAGAAAUAAUGAAUUUGAAUCAAACAAAAGUGAUGUUGGUGUAUGGCCAAUAGUAGAUUUGUCAAAACUCGAUUUAAAUUCAAAAAUGUCGGAUGAGUCAUCGAACGAUAAAAAGAAUGAAGUUGAAUGGACGAUUGAGACUAAUAAUAAUAAUAAUAAUAAUAAUAAUAAUAAUUAUAUGAGAAAGGAAAAUAUGGAAAGUAAAAUGGAUUAUUAUCAGAAUGAAAAAAGGUUCAAUUAUGAAUCGAAACAAGAUGAAUUGAAAAAGGAUGAAGGUGAUGAAGAUACAACUAAAGGAAUUUUUACUUUCAAGAUGAUUAAACAUCGACCUUCGAGAAUGAUCAAAAGAUCUACUGUUUGUGGUGAUAAUAAUGUCAUUUGGCCAGGAAUACUUUUAAAUUAUACAAGAAAUGUUGAUAUUCAAUCAACAGAAUCACCACAUCACCACCACCAUCAUCAUCAUCAUCAUCAUUACUAUUCUAAUAAUUUCAAAUGAAUAUUAUUUGAAUU